AUGGUCGCUGCCACGGACCCGCUGCGGGAAAGCCACUCCGAAACGAGUUCGCCGAAUGGUUUUCACUCUGCAGCGCUCGGAGGGCGUGUCGAGCCUAGCCCAGCAAAAGCUGUACUGCACCGGCCGGCCCCGUCCGGUCCCGCUGCUCUGGGUCAGCGCGGCACCAUGCCCACGGCGCUGGUUCCCGUGCCGUGGUUCCAAUCCACGGGGUCAUCCAUUCAUGUCCAUGGAUAUGCGCAGUAUACAUGCCCCUCGCAGACCAUCAUGUUCCAUUCCAUGCAAGGUCGUUACCACCCCAUGCAAGCUCCAAAUGCUAGAAGACAUAAGCGAGCAAUCUCAGAGGGAUGGAGUAUGCCUGCGGCGGAUAUUAUUCUGUGUGUUGGAAUAUGGAAAAUGGAACUUAACCCGCAAGCGUGGUUCUACCGCUUCCAUGGCCCGGGAGCAUGGGAGGGAAAGGAUGUUUUGGCCAUUUUUCUUUUCUCUCUCUUUUUGAUGCAUGGCCCGAAAAUUAGACGUGAAGGAAUGGAGUGGUUGCAUGGAUGA